UUUUCACUCUGCAACAGAAAUUUAAAACCUGAGAUACUUCGGGAGGCAAAUAACCCGAAAGAAGAUGCUUCUCUGCAACUGCAGGCCUUCACUGAUGGUUCAUUCUCCGCCGAAAAUCCUCAUCGCCUCUUCUAUAAACCCUAACAGACCAUUAUUCAACACCGUUGUCAAAUCCAUGGCCACUGACAGGGCAACUGCCACCUCCACAUCCGCACCGCCGAGGAGAGCCAUGUCGUCUGCCUUCGAAGCUCGCGUCUCUCUUGUCUUCGCCCUCGUUUCUCAGGCCUCCAAUGUCUCUCAGCGACGUAAAUUUUUGCUCGAUUUGACGAAUGAAACUGCGAAAUACGUGUUCCCGAAGAGGUUCGAGAGCCGGAAUUUGGAGGAAGCACUGAUGGCCGUUCCUGAUCUUGAAACGGUGGAGUAUAAAGUAUUGAGUAGAAGAGACCAGUAUGAAAUCAGAGAAGUUGAGCCUUACUUUAUAGCGGAGACAACAAUGCCAGGGAAGACUGGAUUUGAUUUCAGUGGUGCAUCUCAAUCCUUCAAUGUCUUAGCUGAGUACUUGUUUGGUAAGAAUACAACUAAGGAGAAGAUGGAAAUGAGUACACCUGUUUUCACACGUAAGGCUCAAUCUGUUGGAGAGAGAAUGGAAAUGACAACACCUGUGAUAACAAAGAAGAUGGAAGAUCAGGAUAAAUGGCAGAUGUCCUUUGUCAUGCCCUCCAAGUAUGGUGCCAAUUUGCCACUGCCUAAAGAUCCAACAGUGAAGAUAAAAGAGGUGCCAAGGAAAGUUGUUGCAGUUGCUGUGUUUUCAGGUUUUGUUACUGAUGAAGAUGUUAAACAACGGGAGCUGAAGUUAAGAAAUGCUUUGAAAAAUGACAUGCAGUUUAGAGUAAAAGAGGGUGCUUCACCAGAAGUUGCACAGUUCAAUCCCCCUUUUACUCUUCCAUUUACGCGUCGUAAUGAGAUUGCAUUAGAAGUAAAAAGGAAGGAAGAAUAGCUGCUUGAUAGUGAUUCUAGAAUCUUGAUGAAUAUUGUAUACUGGUUUUUUACUUUCUCCAGUAAAUUGAGUAUAUACAACUCAGUUGAUUUCAUGUAAAUGAAACUGAUAAUAUUGCUUGUAUAUGAAAAGUUUGUGAAUUAUUCCUUUUGCA